AUGGAACAAACACAGCAAAGUUCUGGGCAACAGCAAGGCCGGCAGCAGCCCCUGUACGACACAAGAAAUGGUGGACACUACGGUGCCAGUGCGGCGCUUGCUGCGCAGGGAUAUGCUCCAGUUGCUGAGCUCUAUACUGGCACAUGGGCAAAUGUAAACCAGGGCUUACAAGGAACCGCCCGUGAUAUUUUGACGACGUACUGGCAACACGUAAUCAACCACCUUGAAUCCGAUAACCAUGACUAUAAAAUCCACCAACUACCGCUAGCCCGGAUAAAAAAGGUUAUGAAGGCUGAUCCAGAAGUCAAAAUGAUAUCUGCAGAGGCUCCAAUCUUAUUUGCCAAAGGUUGUGACGUUUUCAUUACCGAGCUGACCAUGCGGGCAUGGAUUCAUGCUGAGGAUAACAAACGAAGGACAUUACAGAGAUCGGACAUUGCCGCCGCUUUGUCCAAGUCAGACAUGUUUGAUUUCCUCAUCGAUAUUGUUCCCCGCGAGGAAGCCUCGGCACAUGCAAAGCGCUCAAGCCAGGCAGCAGGUGCUCCAACUGCAGCUGCAGGGCCUACCCCUGCGGGUCAGUUGCCACCGGCUCAGCAUGGUGUUCAGCACCACCCCCAUCAUAUGGCACCGCCGGAUUAUGGGGCCCUGGGCCAGCACCAGCUCCAGGACCAGGAAUACAGGCAACAGGCAAUGUAUGGAGGUGCUGUGCAGUCCGAUCCAACCGCGGCGUAUGCGCAACCUCAAACUCAGAUGUUUGAAGGAAUGUAUACUCCUUAUCCUCAUCUACCCCCACAGCAGAUACCGCCUGCGACGGGGCAGCUCCUCGUUGCGGUGCAUUAA